CAACAGCACAAUUUCAAAAUGCGUCCUCUCACAGAACCAGAAACUCAAACUCUCUUCGCCAAAUUGGCUGGCUACACGGGAAACUCGUUGAAGAAUCUGAUUGCGCCAUUGGACAACACUCCAAAUGCUGAUCGAUAUGUUUUCCGCGUUCAACAAUCAAGAUGUUAUUAUGUGCGAUUAUCGCUCGCAAACCUUGCGACUUCUAUCUCCAGAGACAAGUUGUUAUCACUAGGAAUCUGUCUCGGAAAGUUCACAAAAUCAGGCAAAUUCCGUAUUCACAUCACCGCGCUCCCUAUCCUCGCCGAGCACGCCCGUUACAAGGUCUGGGUUAAGGCCAAUGGAGAAAUGCCCUUCCUCUACGGUGGACACAUUGUGAAAGCGCAUGUUGGAAGAUGGUCGGAAGAUUGUCCCGAGCAUCAGGGUGUUGUUGUUUACAGUAUGAACGAUACGCCAUUGGGAUUUGGGGUUACGGCGAGAAGUACACAGGAGGCUAGAAGAUUGGAUCCUACCGGUAUUGUUUGUUUCAGACAAGCAGAUGCAGGAGAAUAUCUGAGAGAUGAAGAUACGCUUUUUGCAACUUCUUAA